AUGGCACCACAAAAUUUUGAAAAAUUUUCUCAAGAUUCACCUGAUAUCGAGGCUAUUCUUGCACUUAAUCCACGUGUAAAUACACAUGCAAAAGCCAUACCAACAAUUGAAACCAAAAAAAAUAAAUUAAAUUGGAAAAGAAAUUCACCAAAAGGAUGUAAUACAAAAAGUUGUACAGAUGGUAGUAAUCCAUAUGAAAAAGAUUUUCGUGAUAUCAAACAUACAACACUUUCUGAAAGAGCUGCACUUCGUGAAUCAGCUCGUUGUCUUAAAUGUGCUGAUGCUCCAUGUCAAAAAUCUUGCCCAACAUCACUUGACAUCAAAGCUUUUAUUACAUCAAUAUCAAAUAAAAAUUAUUAUGGUGCAGCAAAACAAAUUUUUUCUGAUAAUCCUCUUGGUUUGACUUGUGGUAUGAUUUGCCCAACCUCAGAUCUUUGUGUUGGUGGAUGUAAUCUUGCUGCCAGUGAAGAAGGUCCUAUAAAUAUUGGGGGUCUUCAACAAUUUGCCACUGAUGUUUUUAGGCAAAUGAAUAUUAAACAAAAAUUGUCACCAGAAAUUGAAUUAUCUACAAAAGAUGAUCCAUCAUAUGAACAAAAAGUGGCUCUUAUUGGUUGUGGACCAGCUUCUAUUUCAUGUGCAACAUUUCUAGCAAGAUUAGGUUAUAAAGAUAUAACUAUAUAUGAAAAAAAUUCUGAUCCUUCAAUUAUUGGUGGAUUAUCAACAACAGAAAUUCCUCAAUUUAGAUUACCAUAUAAUGUUGUUGAUUUUGAAAUACAAUUAAUGAAAGAUCUUGGUGUUAAAAUAGUAAAUGGAAGAUAUCUUCAUUCUUCAGAUUUAAAAGUUAGUAAUAUUAAAGAAAAAUUAGGUGUUAAGGCAUUAUUUAUUGGUAUUGGAAUGCCAGAGGCUAAACGUAUACCAAUAUUUGAAGGUCUUACUAUAAAAAAUGGAUUUUAUACAUCAAAAGAUUAUCUUCCUAUUGUUGCAAAAGGAUCAAAACCAGGAAUGUGUUCCUGUUCAUCAUCACCAUUACCAAGUUUUGUUGGAUUAAGAGUAAUUGUUCUUGGUGCUGGUGAUACAGCAUUCGACUGUGCCACAUCAGCUUUAAGAUGUGGUGCAGCUAAAGUUACUGUUGUUUUUAGAAAAGGUUUUACUGAUAUUAGAGCUGUACCAGAAGAAAUGGAAGCAGCUAAAGAAGAAAAAUGUGAAUUUAUGCCUUAUAUGUCUCCAAGAAAAGUUAAUAUGAAAGAUGACAAAAUUUAUUCAAUGACAUUUGCUAAAACAGAACAAGAUUUAACAACUGGAGAAUGGUAUGAAGAUGAAGAACAACUUUUAACACUUAAAGCAGACAUUGUUAUAUCUGCUUUUGGAUCAACACUUAUUGAUAAAGAUGUUAUAUCAGCUUUAUCACCAAUAAAAUUAAAUAGAUGGGGAACACCAGAAGUUGAUCAUAAAACACAAUCAACAUCAGAACCAUGGGUAUAUGUUGGUGGUGAUUUUGGUGGAAUUGCAGAAACAACUGUUGAAAGUGUUAAUGAUGGUAAAGUAGCAGCAUGGAAUAUACAUCAAUAUUUACAAAAACAAUUUAAUAAUGAUAUUUCAUCAAAUCCAAAACUUCCACUAUUUUAUACAGAUAUAGAUGAUGUUGAUACAUCAGUUACAUUAUGUGGAAUUAAAUUUGAAAAUCCAUUUGGUUUAGCUUCUGCUCCACCAACUACUUCUGGUCCAAUGAUUAGAAGAGCUUUUGAACAGGGAUGGGGAUUUGUUUUAACAAAAACUUUUGGUCUUGAUAAAGAUCUUGUUACAAAUGUUUCACCAAGAAUUGUUCGUGGUACAACAUCUGGACAUAUUUAUGGUCCUGGUCAAGGAAGUUUUAUAAAUAUUGAACUUAUUUCUGAAAAAAAAAUGGCAUAUUGGUUAAAAUGUAUUGAAGAAUUAAAGAAUGACUUUCCAACAAAAAUUGUUAUUGCUAGUAUUAUGUGUUCUUUUAAUAAAGAAGAUUGGCAAGAAUUAGCUAUUGCUUCAGAAAAAGCAGGUGCUGAUGCUUUAGAAUUAAAUCUUUCAUGUCCUCAUGGUAUGGGAGAAAGAGGUAUGGGAUUAGCUUGUGGACAAGAUCCUUAUAUGGUUGAAAAUAUUUGUAAAUGGGUUAGAGAAGUUACUACAAUACCAUUUUUUGCAAAAAUGACUCCAAAUAUUACUGAUGUUAGAAAAAUUGCUCAAGCUGCUAAAGAUGGUGGUGCUGAUGGAGUAACAGCAACUAAUACAGUUUCUGGUUUAAUGAGUUUAAAAUCUGGAGAUGGUUCUCCAUGGCCAGCUGUUGGUAGUGAUAAAAGAACAACAUAUGGUGGUAUGAGUGGUAAUGCCAUUAGACCAAUUGCAUUACGUGCUGUAUCUGCCAUUGCAAAUGCAAUUCCAGGAUUUCCAAUUCUUGCUACAGGUGGUAUUGAUAGUGCUGAUGCUGCAAUUCAAUUUUUAUAUGCAGGUGCUAGUGUUGUACAAAUAUGUUCUAGUGUUCAAAAUCAAGAUUUUACAGUUAUUGGUGAUUAUAUUACCGGUUUGAAAGCAUUAUUAUAUCUUAAUUCUGUUGAAAAACUUAAAAAUAACGGUUGGGAUGGCCAAAGUCCACCAGUUUUUAAUCAUCAAAUGGGAAAAAAAGUUCUUAUUGAGAAUACAAAAUUACCAAAUUUUGGAAUGUUUAAAGAUGAAAAGAAAAAACUUGAGAGAAAAGUUAUUAUGAAUCAAAAUUUAACUGAAAAAAAAAGUGAAGAUUAUACAACACGAAAUAAUUGUGAAAAUGUAUCAAAAAUUCCAACUGUAAAUGAAAUUAUUGGUCUAAGUUUAAAGAUGAUUGGAAGUUAUAAUGAAUUAACAAAUAAAGAACAGAAAGUAGCUUUAAUCAAUGAUGAUAUGUGCAUUAAUUGUGGAAAAUGUUACAUGACAUGUGCUGAUUCUGGCUAUCAAGCAAUAACAUUUGAUCCAGUUACACAUAUUCCAUGUGUUACUGAUGAUUGUACUGGAUGUACACUUUGUUACAGUGUUUGCCCAAUUCCAGAAUGUAUUCAAAUGGUUGAAAAGAAAAUUCCACAUAAAAUAAAAAGAGGCUUUCCAUUAAAUAGUUAUGAAAUAUUGACUGAAUCAGUUAAGGGAAAAAUAAUUUUAAAUCCAAAUAAUGUCGAUUAA